GAUAACUAGGCUUUUGUUGUAACUCUUCAUCUAAACUUUUUUAUGCUUCUCAUAGUUCGGUUUGAAGGAAUCAAUGUAGCUCUAUGUUGCACAAAUGCAAGGAUCAAGUCCGAGGCCCGAGAUUUAAACUUAAAAGAGCCGCAUCAAACACGCCUCGAAAUUAGAUGUGCUCAUGCAAGGAGCGCCAUGGAUCGCUUCAAACAAAGUUAGCCCAGGACGGUACCGGUCCAGGGGGUAAAUUAUGCACUCCGAACUUCGGCUCGGGGGUCACACUGGUGCAAUGAUUGGUUCCAUGCCUCAAAAGUGGCAUAGCUUUCACUCGAGUGGUUACCUGGAGUCGUCUUGGAUCGUGCGACUUCUAUCUCUGGUACAGAAAAGUUUUCUCUAUGGCGUCAUAUGCUGUCAAAGGCUUGAAUAUCUGAAGUGGUCUCUCCAAACACGUUAUAUCAUGAUCGUUUCACUUCCACUCUUCAUUCUUUAACUACUCAGAGAGAUGCUCACUACAUCAAACUAUCUCUGUUUCGGUGGCUAUGGCUGUGGAUUUUGGCACCGAGCACACUG